GGCCUCGGCUGGGGGAGGGCAACAGGAGGAGGGCGGAGGGAACAGGGAAGAGCUGGAGACGAGACUCCGAGCGCUCCCCGUGCGCAGCGCCGGACGCAGCAGGGCUCCCGGGGCCGCGGAUCUCCCCGGGGUGCGGAUCCGGCGCCGCUCUGCCAGUGGAGUCGCCGCGCUUUCAAGUUCUCGCUCCCGCCAGGAAUUUAGCCCCAGAGAGCUGCCUUCUGGUUAUCGCUCCUGCUUCCCACUUUGGAAUGUGCAGCUUGGGACAGUGAGAAGCCAGGACUCGGGCAGUUGUCCUCGUAGAGAGUUUCUCUCUGCAGGUUUCCAAGGUUAAGAAAUUCUGACAAACUGGAAUUCCCAGAGCCUGGGAGUUUAGCCUAAACGAUCUGUUGCUUUAAGCGGCACAGUGGGGAGUAGCUGGACACUCCUUAUUUUGGUUUUACAUUAAAAAGAGGGAGGCCGAGAAGAUGUGGUAGGUUACUUCCUAGCUGUGUAAAUUGCUACCCGGCUGUGAAUGGUGUAAAUUUCUGAAGUGGGCGACCGCAAAUACAUAACAAAGAGUUUGGGUAACAGAGGCACUAGAAGGACACCUUGUAUCAGGUCACCUAGCAGAGACCAGCGUUCCUGGGCUCCCUGAAGAGGUUUGGGGAGCAAACUUUGGCUCAGACAGGUGAAAUGAUUUGCCUGAGAACACAGAACGAGGCAUGGCAGGGCUAAAGGAUUUGCCUCAAAGGAUACUUCAGAAAUUGAACUGAGAAAUCCCAAGGAAGCUGCCAGAGUGUCCCUGUGUAUUCUUACUCUACAUCGUGUAAAGGAUCAGACAGAUCAAAUUAGUGGUUUCUGGUUCCCUCCAGCCGUGGAUGCCUUUGACAUUAUGACCGCAGAGGAUUCCACCGCAGCCAUGAGCAGCGACUCCGCCGCCGCGUCCUCGGCCAAGGUGCCCGAGGGCGUGGCGGGCGCGCCCAACGAGGCGGCGCUGCUGGCGCUGAUGGAGCGCACGGGCUACAGCAUGGUGCAGGAGAACGGGCAGCGCAAGUACGGCGGCCCGCCGCCCGGCUGGGAGGGCCCGCACCCGCAGCGCGGCUGCGAGGUCUUCGUGGGCAAGAUCCCGCGCGACGUGUACGAGGACGAGCUGGUGCCUGUGUUCGAGGCGGUGGGCCGCAUCUACGAGCUGCGCCUCAUGAUGGACUUCGACGGCAAGAACCGCGGCUACGCCUUCGUCAUGUACUGCCACAAGAACGAGGCCAAGCGCGCCGUGCGCGAGCUCAACAACUACGAGAUCCGCCCCGGCCGCCUGCUCGGCGUCUGCUGCAGCGUCGACAACUGCCGCCUCUUCAUCGGCGGCAUCCCCAAGAUGAAGAAGCGUGAGGAGAUCCUGGAGGAGAUCGCUAAGGUCACGGAGGGCGUGCUCGACGUGAUCGUCUACGCCAGCGCGGCCGACAAGAUGAAGAACCGCGGCUUCGCCUUCGUGGAGUACGAGAGCCACCGCGCCGCCGCCAUGGCGCGCCGCAAGCUCAUGCCCGGCCGCAUCCAGCUGUGGGGCCACCAGAUCGCCGUGGACUGGGCCGAGCCCGAGAUCGACGUGGACGAGGACGUGAUGGAGACCGUGAAGAUCCUCUACGUGCGCAACCUCAUGAUCGAGACCACCGAGGACACCAUCAAAAAGAGCUUCGGCCAGUUCAACCCGGGCUGCGUGGAGCGCGUCAAGAAGAUCCGCGACUACGCCUUCGUGCACUUCGCCAGCCGCGAGGACGCCGUGCACGCCAUGAACAACCUCAACGGCACCGAGCUGGAGGGCUCGUGCCUCGAGGUGACGCUGGCCAAGCCCGUGGACAAGGAACAGUACUCCCGCUACCAGAAGGCGGCCAAGGGCGGCGGCGCGGCGGAGGCGGCGGUGGUGCCGCAGCCUAGCUACGUGUACUCCUGUGACCCCUACACGCUGGCCUAUUACGGCUACCCCUACAACACGCUCAUCGGGCCCAACAGGGACUACUUCGUGAAAGCAGGCAGCAUAAGAGGCCGGGGUCGAGGUGCGGCUGGCAACAGAGCCCCGGGGCCCAGGGGUUCCUACCUUGGGGGAUAUUCUGCUGGCCGCGGUAUAUAUAGCCGAUAUCAUGAAGGAAAAGGAAAACAACAAGAAAAAGGAUACGAACUUGUACCGAAUUUGGAAAUCUCUGCCGUCAACCCAGUAGCCAUUAAACCUGGUGCAGUGGCCAUCCCUGCCAUCGGGGCCCAGUAUUCCAUGUUUCAGGCUGCUCCAGCUCCUAAAAUGAUGGAAGAUGGCAAAAUCCACACAAUGGAGCACAUGAUCAGCCCCAUCGCUGUGCAGCCCGACCCAGCCAGCGCCGCCGCAGCUGCGGCCGCCGCCGCGGUCAUUCCUGCUGUGUCCACGCCACCGCCUUUCCAGGGCCGCCCAAUAACUCCAGUGUACACGGUGGCCCCAAACGUUCAGAGAAUUCCCACCGCCGGGAUCUACGGGGCCAGUUACGUGCCCUUUGCUGCUCCGGCCACCGCCACGAUCGCCACACUACAGAAGAACGCGGCGGCCGCCGCCGCCGUGUACGGGGGCUACGCGGGCUACAUACCUCAGGCCUUCCCGGCCGCUGCGAUCCAGGUGCCCAUCCACGACGUGUACCAGACGUACUGAGGCCCGCGCCGCCGCCGCCGCCGCCGAAGGGACACUUCACUAUUUAUGAAGAAAGCGCGCGUUGGGUUCCCGCGCACAGGAAACCUGACCGCGGAGAAUGUUAUCAGAUAUACUGGAAUAUUUUAUAUACAUGAAGUUUUCACUAGUUUUUUAAAGACUCUUUUCAGUUUUAGCAGGCCCGUGUUCAUACAUUUCUAAGAGACUUGCAAUGGUUCGUGCCUUAAACACCGUCUUUGAAAAAUUUGUACUCUGUAGUACAUUUGUAUAGAGGGUUUUUUUUGUAUUUUUAAGGAUAUAUUUUCAGUAUGAAGGUUAUUUUCUUAACUGCUGCACUCCAGAGACUUCUAUUUUGUAGUACCUACAAUAAUAAAUGUAUCAACUAUGUAUUAAGAAGCACACUUGAGCAGCUAGGGAACUGUUUUGAAAAAUAUAGUCAAUAUUUAAAGAUACAAACAAUAGUGCUUUUAAAAAAAAUACUACAUAAAACAUUAUUUUCAAAGUUAUACUGGAAAGUGCAAUUUUAAAAUGAGUGAAACCUCUACUUCUGCUGGAAUUAAGGGUUGACGGGUGUUGCCAUGUGUUACCCAGGACGGUUCUAUUCUGUACACUCGAUCGCUCCUUAAGCCAACGUUGAAAAGACUUGUCACACUUCUGAGUCCAAACACUGGAAAGCUCUCACGGGCCACCUUCCUCCUGGGCCCCUGCUCAUUCUCCGUGUGCCUUUGCUCUUAGAUUUGUUCCCUCCCCGCCCUUCCCUACUCACCCUCUCCCCUGAUUCCCAGGCCCACCUCUGUGUUUGGCAAGUCUAGGACAAAUUAAUUACUCUGACAGAGAAAACAUUUAUGGCUUUUAUACUUCUUCUCGGGUUUUUGUUGGGGUUUUUUGUUUUAUUGUGUGUAGGGGGGGUUGUUGGGGUUUUUUUUGGUUUGGUUGGGGAGGUAUUUUUAAUAGCAGAGUAUGUGUAAGCACAAGACUUUAAUAGUUUGCAUAGGACAUCUUUGCAUAGCUAUUCAAUUGUCCAGUAUACAACUUUCAUUCCCUUCCUAAUGCUUUUAUUAUAUUUGUUUUGAAGUAUGAGUUCGUAGAGACAGAGAAUGUUAUUGUCGACAAGACCCCGAAGGACUCUUGUCGCAAAAAGUACUACUUCUAGUUGCCUUAUCAUGUUUCAUGCAAAAUGUCUGUGGUUGUCAAGGGUUUUGGAAAUACUAUGUUUAUUGUAUGGGGCUCCCCGCCUUUGCCAUGCACGUGGCAGGUGAACUGAAUUGGGGUGCGCACAUCCAGGAGGAGGAGGAGAGACCCACAGGAGUUAAAAAGUAGAUUGUAAAUAUCUCCUAAUGCUAAUUUUUAGUUGUUUUAUGUUGCAGAAGUUCAUGGUAUAUAGUUUAAUGCACAAUGAAACCAUUUUAUUUCAAUGUUAUUAAAAAGUUUUGUUUUAUUAGGAAGUAAAUGUAUUGUUGCAGUGUUUUGUGCCUGUUUAAAGGCUUUUUUGUUUGUUUUAACAGAGUGAAUGUAAAAUACAGUAAAAUGUUAAGAUUGUCAUCGACUUUAUGGAAUACAUAACUUGGAAUUUUUUUUCGUAAAAGUUCUAUCAAGGAAGUGAGGUGUGCAAUAGGUGACAAGGACACUGUUGUGUUUUUAUGUCAUAGUAGAGAUUCCAUCAAAUCUUUCCACUCACUGAACUUUUGCUGAUGGCUGAAUUCUUAUUUGUGGACUAAUAAUAGGAUCCUGCCCUUAGCAAAAUGUUUUAGUUUUGUUUUACAUUUUAAAUUAAGAUAUUCCCAAAUGCCCUCUUUCCCCUCAUCUUAGGGUGGGAUGAAUUUUUUAUAUAUAAGCAAUAUUUAUUUAACUAUUCUAUAAAAUUAUUGAGUGCCUGCGAAGGCCUUUAAACAUUCCUAACAUUCCUUUCCAUCGUUCUUAAAUGACAGAAAGUAAUUGUGCAAUGUUUCUGAUGGUGUACCCAGCAAGCUGCAUCCAAACUCAAAUCUGUUGUAAUGAGUAAUCCAACAAAAUGCAGUUUGGAUUAGAUCCCCAUCCCUUGACUUUGUGUGAAAGAAGUACUCUCCUACUCUCAUUCCAGUGAAGGACUGGUUAGCCCAGAGUUCACUGGAUGAGACUCUGACCCAGAGGUCUUACUGUAUUUUACAUGUGCCUGUAAAUUAUUUGCAAAAAAAAGAAAAAAAAGAAAAAGAAAGAAAAAGAAAAAAAGGAAAAAAUGAUGUCUUAACAUGGCAAUUUACCAAACUACC